UCUACGUCCACUGAAAGCCGCCAACAUUUUCUUCUCUCUCUCUCUCUACAGUAAUCCUACUGACCUGCCGCUGCUCAUCGGAAACCUGCUCAUCCUCCACCGGCGGUCUCCACCGGGAUAGAAAAUGGGGGAAGGGGAAGAAGGACACGGUUCGUCGACUGCUGGAGGAAUAAGGAGAAGAGGAUGUACACUUUCAAAGGAUGAUUUUCUGCCAGAGGAAUCAUUCAAGAGCUGGGGAAAUUAUGUAAAUGCGUUGAGUAAUACACCAGCUCGGCUUUAUGAUCGAGUUGUGACACGUUCUGAUGAGCAAGAAGAGAUGGAUGCCAAGGCAAGAAGUGUUAACCAAAUGAAGAGGAGCUUGAAUUGGUGGGAUCUCAUGUGGUUUGGUUUAGGUGCACUUGUUGGUGCUGGAAUAUUUGUUCUUACUGGUCUUGAAGCUCGUACUGAUGCUGGUCCAGCAGUUGUCCUAGCUUAUGUUAUUUCUGGGGUCUCAGCUAUGUUAGCUGUCUUUUGCUACACUGAGUUUGCUGUGGAGAUUCCAGUGGCAGGUGGUUCAUUUGCUUACUUAAGGGUGGAGCUCGGCGACUUUGUAGCAUUUAUAGCAGCUGGUAACAUACUUCUUGAAUAUGUGAUUGGUUCAGCCGCAAUGGCUCGCUCAUGGACUUCCUAUUUUGCCACUCUUUGUGGCCGCCAACCUGACGAUUUCCGGAUCGUGGUAAAUUCUCUAGCAGAAGGCUACAAUCGCCUUGAUCCAAUAGCCAUCGGUGUUUGCAUUAUAAUUUCCAUCAUUGCAUGUAAUAGCACCAAAGCUUCUUCUAGGAUCAACUAUAUUGCAUCAGUUGUUCAUGUCCUAAUCCUCCUCUUCAUCAUUGUUGCUGGUUUAAUCCAUGCGGAUACCAAAAACUUCACCCCCUUUAUGCCAUUUGGUCCUCGUGGUGUAUUCAAAGCAUCGGCUGUAUUGUUCUUCGCUUAUACUGGUUUUGAUGCUGUUUCAACUAUGGCCGAGGAAACCAAGAAUCCUGCUAGGGACAUCCCUAUUGGCCUAGUUGGUUCUGUUUUAUUGACCACUGUGUUGUAUUGUGCAUUGGCUGCUGUUCUUUGUCUUAUGCAAUCGUACAAGAAUAUCGAUGUCAACGCCCCGUUUUCAGUUGCAUUUGAGGCUGUUGGUUUAGGCUGGGGAAAGUAUGUGGUUGCUGCAGGUGCAUUAAAAGGGAUGACCUCUGUUUUGCUAGUGAACUGUGUAGGCCAAGCUCGUUAUCUAACGCACAUUUCCAGAACUCACAUGAUGCCCCCUUGGUUUUCUUAUGUAAAUACAAAAUCAGGAACACCAGCCAAUGCCACUAUAUUCAUGAUGACAUCUAGUGCACUUCUUGCAUUAUUUACAAGUCUUGAUAUUCUUUCAAACCUUUUGUCUAUCUCCACACUCUUUAUCUUCAUUCUUGUGGCACUUGCUCUUCUUGUUCGACGUUACUAUGUCACUAACGUGACCACUAAAGAGAAUCGAAACAAGCUCCUCGUGUUACUUGCACUCAUUGUGGCAUCAUCUAUUGGCACUGCUACUAUUUGGGGUGUUACAGAUGAUUGGAAAGGAUAUUGUGUCACAUUGCCAAUAUGGUUCUUGGCAACUGCUGGAAUAUCAAUUUUGGUGCCAAAAGCUAGGAGUCCAAAGGUAUGGGGUGUACCUUUGGUACCAUGGGUACCAUCUGCAUCCAUUGCCAUAAAUUUCUUUCUUCUAGCUUCCAUGGAUAAGGAUUCUUUUAUACGGUUCGCGGUUUGGACUGUCCUUUUGUUGGUAUAUUAUGUGCUCUUGGGGUUGCAUGCCUCUUAUGACACUGCCAAGGAGCUUGAGAAGAAUGCAGAAUGGGGAAAAGUUGAAGGAGGAAAUGCUUCUUCACUUACAAAUGCUGGAGAUACCAAAAGUGAGCCAAGUAAAUAAAUUAGGCUCUAUUUAGCAUUUCAUAAUUUUGUUCUAUCCAAUUCUUUUAUUUUUUUAAUUUUCUUUUCGGUUGAAUUUCUAGCCUACAUGUUGAAUUUUUUUUACAUCUGAGAAUUUGGAUUAGGUGAAACGGUGCUAUAGUUUUUUCCUGUAAAUUUGAAUUGUAUAGAAAAAAAAAUUGUGUUCUAUAAGAGAUCUAUGGCUCAUUCAUCUUU